CACGGAAGUUGACGGCAUGGAUGAGCAGCAAGCGCGACAAAGGCUGCUGGAAGGAGGGUACUUCGUAGCUCUGGGGGUGCCACCCGGGGUGGAGUUCGGAAUCGAUCUCAAGAGCUACAAGACCGGACCGCAGUUCCAGGGGGUAAAGAUGAUCCCGCCUGGGCUGCAUUUCGCACACUUCGGCACCGGAGAAGGCGAGAAGCAGGGAAUUUUCUUUCGAAGCUCGGUUGGAUCGGUUGCGGCGACACAGUGGGACACAAGCGCGGAGGAUCUGGUUGACGCUCAGACGCGCCUACCCGAUGGGGCUCUUCGAGCUUUGCGGGAGUCGGUGCUGCGGCUGGAAAUGGACAAAAGUCUGGGGCCUCACCCUUUCGAGCAGCAAGCGGCAUGGUCGAACCUGACAAACUGCGUCACGGAUUCCGUGCUCGAGAGGUGCGGCGUACCCGUCGGCGCCAAGGUCCUGGCGGGGUCCUCCGCGGCGGAGCCCGGCGAACCGGGAGGGGAAGGCGUUCCUUCUGAGGGGGGUGCAGAAGAGAGCAAAGCAGACGGUGGUCGUGGUGGUCGUCAGCGGGGAAGCAGGCAGGGGAUGGGAGCGGCGGCGUCGGCGGCGGGGAUGGCCGGGCGGCAGAUCGUGCCGCACUUCCCGCACGUCGGGAGGGUGGCCCGGUACAGCGAGGUUCCGGGCCGAGCGCAAGGCCCUGAAAUAAAUGCCAAGCCGGAGGAUGUGACAAAGCUCAACAUGGACGGAAGCGAGGCUCUGCGGAUGUGGAUCGCCGCUGACUUCGGCGGUAGCUGGGUGGAGCUGCUGGGGGAGCUGCAGCUGUCUUUCGUGUUGUUCGUGUCGCUGUCGUCUCUCGGAGGGUUUCGACACUGGCAGGCGUUGUCCGCCCUGCUUUGCCGGUGCGGGGACGCGCUCAAGACCGACCCCGCCCUCUUCACCGCAUUUAUCCGGAUGCUUCACGCGCACCUCAAGCUAGUUCCGGAGGACUUCUUCGACGUGGAGCUGUCCAAGGACAACUUUUUGGUGCCGUGUCUCUCGGCGCUUCUCCAGGCACAAUGUUUUGCCCGACGAGUCUCUCGCGCCGCUCCUGCUCGAUGCCGGCAAGAGGCUGCUUAAGUUCUUGCAGCAAAGGUUCGGGCUGUUUCUUUCCGGCAGCCAUGCCGGCGAUGGCGAUGGCAACGGC